AGUGUUGCCAUCUAUGGUUAGGUUUAUUUAUUUUUAUUUUAUUUCAUUAUUUUUGUUUUGAUUAAUUUUUAAAAAUCAAUUUUACUCUCCAAACACUUGAACCUUUUAGGUAGGGACCCCUUUGCACUUGCACCAUGUGCGCAGUCUUGGAUGAGCCCCUGAACCCCUUGGACCGCGGGGCCCUAGGCAAAUGCCUCGUUUGCCUAUGUGGUAAUCCGGCUCUGCUUAUGUAGUCAAAAAACAAAAUGACUAAGAAACUCCUAAGGGAUGCAUGUGUCUGAGCUGAAAAGACAGAGCUAUAUUGAAAGAAUGUGGAAACUAAAUAUCUUGCCUCCCUGAACAAAUAAGAACAAGUUGGAAUAGUCCCUCCAUACAAAUAUGUACUAGAGUGUACAUAGUGCAGAAGAACUCGGCAAGAAAUGGCUUUGUAAGAGAUGUAGUGCUUUCCCAUGAAUGUCAGGAGAAAAUACAGGGACACAAAUAGAAACUACAGUUCCCUUCCCAAACGAUUCAAAAACAUUACAAAAGUCUUUUUUAAUGUAAAAACAGUAAAUUAAUGGACCGAGCUAGACAGUGACAGUGACUGAUUCUGCAUAGGGGUUUAAUCAUAAAUAUUAUAGACCUAUAUGUAUUAAUCUGUGAAAAAGAUUGUUGACACAGUGUAUAAAUAUUACAGAACAUGGAUGAAAGAUUUCAUACCAGUUUAACAUUUGUAUUAAAAGUAUGGGAAAAUGCUAAACUUAAUUGAUGUCAGUCAAAUUGAUGUCAGUCAAAAAUAUAGUUUCCCUGGAUAUUUUAGACUAUUUCCUUCUGCCUUUUCCUUGAAAAGUAUUCAGAGUUUAUAUUUUAAUUCUGAAAGUUGUUGAAUUCCUUUAUAGACAUUAUACUUUUUUUGCGUUUCAGACUGCCCUUGUCUAAAUUUGACCCAAAACUGAAGGAAACUCUUCCACCUGGCUGCCAUUUAGUUCCAGUUCGCUGUCUCACAACUGCCACACUGGCCAAAAAAUACGCCAACACCUGUUAUCACAUCUCCCUCCACAACAACUGCCAGAGCAGUGUCUACAACUGCUGCCAUAAUAAAUGACACUCCAGCCAAUAAACUGACCUCACCGACGACAUUCGACUAUUACGACUGGUUCAAAGGAUUGUAUGACAAAAUAACUGAUGAUCCAUCUCCCGGUAACGAAGGAGUAAUUUAUGAAUAUGACGACAACAAUGUGAGUACAACUUUAAAGCCCCCGUCACUGGCACCAUCACAUGAUAAUGCCACCAUAUCUACAGAAUCGCCAGGUAGAGUCAACACUAGCGACACUUUAAGCAAAGUGGGGGACCUAGGUGCUGAUGAGCACUACUUUGCGAAUUUCUCGACUCUAGAAGAAGCUCAUUUCACUAUUACAUCAGAAGCUUUGACCGGAAAUGACACAAUGCCAUAUACUUCAACUGAACGUUACGAAAACUGGGAGUCAUUUACUCAAGAAAUCAAGGAAACAGAGCUACCAGGCACUAUCAAAGAAUUAGUUACCCCAUCAGAUACCACAGAAAUGACCACACGUCAGGUUCUAGAGAAGACAGAAAUGACAGAAUCUGCCAAAGUAGAAAUUACUCCAACCGAUUCUUUGGACCGUGUUGUAUCAUCACCACUGACAUCUGAAAUAAUUAAAAACGAGAAGAAUGAAGCUCUGAUGAAUCUCGUCAAAACCAUUCCUGGACUUCCUGCAGUAUUUAACACACUAUUUCUGGAUUAUCUAGAAGAGAAUGAGGAAGGCAGUCACACUGACAACAAAAGAGAGAAGUUAUUUAAUAAAGAUGAUUCAGCUGAAAGGAGAAUGAAGCGAGCAAUGAUCCUACCUUACGUACUGAAGCAAGAGGGUGCUAAAAAGAUGAGUUGGGUAGGUUUAGAGGAAAGUCGAAAAGUGAGUCGAGCAGUGAAUCACAAGGUUCAAAGCAUUAAUAAGAAGGCUCAAGCUAAAUCUCCAAAUGUUCAAGACUUCAUUGCAAAUAGUAAAGGAGAUUUUAAUGUUCGGAAUGUGGGUCGAAAGGCUCAAUCCAUGGAUACACACAUCCACAGUUUGGAUAGACAGAUUCAGAGUGGGAAUCAAGAAAUUCAAGAUGCCAAUCAAGAUACGUAUCAUGAGACUCAAAGUAUCAACCAGCAGGUUGCUGGUGAAGAACAAGGGAUUGGAAUCAUGGAUGAAGGAUUUAGAAUGAAAAACCGUUUAAAGCGAGUUAUCAACUAUAACGAUUACGAUGGCCUAGAUAUAUAUGGUCUACUUGAUUCUCCAAAAUUCAGACUCGAACCUAACGAUAGUCACAAUUUAGAAACCAAUUUGUUUAAAGAAAAUUCAAGCAAUGAAGCACGUGCAGGGACUGUGAAUGACAGUGGAAAGGCAGAUCAACACAGUUUUACAACAACUGAGGAACCUUUCAAUCUUGCUACACACGAUCGAGCCAGCUAUUGGGUCAGAAUAAUAGAAGACCUGAAAAAUAUUAAAAACAGAAGUGAAUUAAACUCUCCAAGCUAUGGAGCUCAAUCCCCAGUACAACCCUCAACAGAGUACCUGACCUGGACAGAUACUACUAAAUCUGUGAUGGAUGGAGCCCUGAGCUCCACUCAUGGACCUGAUUAUGAGAUUGAUGACGACCUUGGUUGUUAUGUUAUCCUCUGUAAUGAGCCCAUCAAGGAACCAACUUCAACAUUUACUCCAACAUUCACAACUCCAUCUAUGUUAAGUGCACAGUCAUCAACUAUUAAGCAAUUGCCUCCAACGCAAUCAUCAGUGCCCAAUGAAGCCCCGUCAACACCCGUCCCGACCUCAGAGUUUGUAUCUUCAACAAUUGUGUCUACCGAGUUUCCUCCAUCAACAUCGACGGUCUCAGAGCCGCCACCCUUUCUGGUGCAGCCAAUGAAGGACAACCCAGAGAAAUGGGCGCAUCUUCUCCCCAGCAAAAUGCGACAGCGGUUGAGGAAACUCUGCUGGGAGACCAUGUUUGGCCAGGAGAUCAUCAAGCUCACUGUUAUGGACAUGGUAGUCACGGUGGUGACAAUAGUGAUUGGGGACUACAUCAGAGCUGUAAUCGUACGCCUCUUUAAUGGUUGUUGCUGCUGGGACCUGGAGAAGCAGUUCCCCGGCUACCCGGACUUCAAGAUCGCUGAGAACAUUCUUCAUCUCGUCAACAACCAAGGCAUGAUCUGGAUGGGAAUGUUCUUCUCCCCGGGGCUUCCAGCACUCAACACAUUAAAGCUGGUGGUGCUGUUGUAUGUACGCUCGUGGGCAGUGGUCACCUCCAACGUACCACCAGAGACUGUCUUCAAAGCUUCCAACAACAAUAACUUCUACCUCCUCUUCCUUCUCACCAUGCUCUUCCUCUGUACGCUCCCUGUAGGGUAUGCGGUAGUGUGGUUGGAGCCCUCGUGGCACUGUGGACCCUUCAGCGACUAUCCCAGGAUUUAUCAGCUUGCAACCUCCACGCUGAUUGGAGGCCUGCCAACCUCCCUGUAUCCCGUGGUUGACUACGUCUCCUCUCCUGGUGUGGUCAUCCCAGCAGGCCUCCUGCUCGUCCUUAUCAUCUACUACCUUUUGUCUCUCACUGCAGCCCUCAGGGAGGCCAACAGUGACCUCAGGGAUCAGCUCCGUCAGGAGAGGUCAGCAGAGAAGCGCAAGGCUCAGGACGCUCGCUCAGGCAAGGGUCGUCCAGAGACACCUACCACCAGGUGGGGCAGAGUGGCACCAAUGACACCCAUGCCUAGGGCACGUCUUGAUGCCACCAGCGACCCGGAGAAGCCAGCAAACAAAAAGACUUCAUCUGCACUGUCUCCUGAAGGUGAAAAUUACCAGUCAUUCCUCUGUCUGACCCUUCCCGUGGAAAGGAUGAGGGCUCCUGGCCUGAUGAUGUUACUGAUUUAGAACAUUCUGAGGUAUUUGAUGACUCCCUCUCUGAGCCACGAAGAGCAGGGAAAGACAUGUCAGGUGUAGACAGAGAUACACAUACAACUAAACAAGAGGGCCAGAGACAUGAAAGGGACAGA